UUGCAUAUGCAUUUGCAUCGCCAGCUGCUGAUGCGCUUAUGUCAUCGCCAUUUGGUUCAACGAUUCGACAAGCCUUGUUCGAUGUGCCUUGGUGCCCAGUUGUAAGUCACCAUUUGAGUCGCCAGAAUGAUUCCAUCGCUGCGUUUUUCCGUCACCUGGCUUGUGGUGCUGAUGGUCCUUCUGUUGGAAUUGGUUGAGGUGUGGUCCAUCUGCUGCUCCUGCCCAGCCAAACGAUGCUCCAUUCCCCAGUGGCCGUGCUGCGGCAGAAACUCCAAGUGGUAUAGUUUCAUAUAUAGUUAAGGAAUGCAGUUAAUAAAGUGCAAGUGGAGGUAUUUUGUAA